AUGAGAGCGAUAAUAUUGGCUGUGGUUUACAUCCCGUUCACCGUGGCCUUGGAACGAAUCCCUCUCGUUCGAUUCAAAUCUAUCAAGAACCAGCUGAAAGAAAAGGGAGAAUUAGAGGAAUUCCGGAGAAACCACCACCCCGAUGUUUUUGCUCGGAGGUACCUGCACUGCUUCCCUGCAGAUGUUGCCUUAUCAGCAGGAACCGCUUCAGAAAGGCUGUAUGAUUACAUGAAUGCUCAGUACUACGGGGUUGUGAGCGUUGGCACGCCGCCUCAGAAGUUCACGGUGGUGUUUGACACGGGAUCGUCCAACUUUUGGGUCCCCUCAGCUUAUUGCAUCAGCGAAGCAUGCAGGGUGCACCAGAGAUUCAAGUCCUUUCUGUCGGAUUCGUACGAGCAUGGAGGGGAAGCCUUUUCCUUGCAGUAUGGCACGGGCCAGCUUUUGGGCAUUGCUGGCAAAGACACGCUACAGAUCAGUAACAUUUCCAUCAAGGGGCAGGACUUUGGCGAGUCCGUGUUUGAGCCAGGAGUAACGUUUGCCCUGGCCCACUUUGACGGGGUGCUGGGGUUGGGCUACCCCUCCCUUGCGGUGGGCAACGCUCUGCCGGUGUUCGACAGCAUCAUGAACCAGCAGCUGGUGGAGCAGCCCGUCUUCUCCUUCUAUCUGAAAAGAGGAGAAGACACUGAGAACGGCGGUGAGUUAAUCCUGGGGGGCAUAGACCAUUCCCGCUACAAAGGCUCCAUUCACUGGGUCCCCGUCACCGAGAAAAGCUACUGGCAAAUACAUCUUAACAAUAUAAAGAUCCAGGGCCAGGUGGCAUUUUGCUCCCACGGUUGUGAAGCCAUCGUCGAUUCGGGCACUUCUCUUAUUACCGGCCCCUCUUCGCAAAUCAGGCGGUUGCAGGAGUAUAUCGGGGCGACUCCGUCGCAGAUGGGAGAGUUUCUCGUAGACUGCAGAAGACUGUCCAGCUUGCCUCACAUCAGCUUCACCAUCGGACACCACGAGUACAAGCUGACGGCAGAGCACUACGUGGUAAAGGAGUCCGUCGAUGACCAGACCUUCUGCAUGAGCGGCUUUCAGUCGCUGGACAUCACCACUCGCGCUGGCCCACUCUGGAUUUUAGGAGACGUCUUUAUGUCUGCGUUUUACUGCAUUUUUGACCGUGGGAACGACAGAGUGGGAUUUGCAAAAUCUGCUCAUCGGAAGGAUUACCACUGAGUCCCCAAAGCAUUUUUUUCUGCCUUCACCGAAGUGUUACUGUCAUGAUCUUCAACACAUAGGAAGAAGGGCUUUGACUGAAACCCUGGACCUGAAUACAGCCCCCCAGGUUUUAAGGGCUUGGGGCGAUCCUUGGUCCAAAUUGUACAGUUUGGUUCAACCUCUA